UCUUCCCUCACCCCACAAUAAUCACACAAUCUUUAGUGGCCAGUGGCUGUGAUUACUUCAGAUCUCUGUCAGCCAUGGGAGAGGAAGCUGAGAAGACGACGCUUAUGAUCCUAAACGUUGAUCUUCAAUGCUCCAGCUGCUACAAGAAGGUGAAGAAAGUAAUUUGCAAGUUUCCGCAAAUUAAAGACCGGAAAUUUGAUGAAAAGGCAAAUAAGGUGUUCAUCACUGUGGUGUGUUGUAGCCCUGAGAAAAUCCGUGACAAAUUGUGCUAUAAGGGAUGCGGGGUAAUCAAGAGUAUUGAGAUUGUUCCGCCACCAAAUGUUGAGAAGUCGAAGCCAACUCGUAAUAAGUCGAAAGAGCCUGUGAAGCUUGAAACACCAAAGCCUAAGAUCCAGGAAUCCGAACCAGCUGCGCAGCCACCCUAUAGGUUUUGUUCUGAAGGGAUACCCGGUGGACCACCGCCGCCACCUCCGCCGCCGCAGCCAUGUUAUGAGCCUUUUUUCGGGUGUCGAUGUGGGCAGUACAGAUGUUAUUAUGGAUGCAGAUGUGUGUGUUAUUAUGGAUGCAGAUGUGGGUGUAAUAACUACUAUUGUGACUUAGACAAUAGUUCUUGCUCAAUCAUGUAAUAGCCCUUUGUUUUCAAAAAUAAAAAAUAAAAAAUAAAAAAUCA